UGAAUGAACUGAUUAGGGACAGGUGAAGGAAGUGAGGAGCUACAGAAAACCACACAAAACACCCAAGGCAAGGCCUGAUUGUGACACUCCUCUCUAUAUCUGUCCUAGGUGUCAUGGAGGUCUCCUCUCUAUGUGUGUUCUAGGUGUCAUGGAGGUCUCCUCUCUCUAUGUGUCCUAGGUGUCAUGGAGGUCUCCUCUCUAUGUGUUCUAGGUGUCAUGGAGGUCUCCUCUCUAUAUGUGUUCUAGGUGUCAUGGAGGUCUCCUCUCACAGCCUCUUCCUGCUGCAGCAGCUCAACGUCCAGAGAGAGUUCGGCUUUUUGUGCGACUGCACUGUCGCCAUCGGAAACGUUUAUUUCAAAGCUCACCGAGCCGUGCUGGCAGCCUUCUCCAACUACUUCAAGAUGAUCUUCAUCCACCAGACCAGUGAGUGUAUAAAGAUCCAGCCUACUGACAUCCAGCCCGACGUCUUCAGCUACCUGCUGCACAUCAUGUACACCGGCAUGUGUCCCAAACAACCGGUGGACCAGAGCCGGUUGCAGGACGGCAUCAAGUUCCUUCAUGCCUACCAGCUGUGCCGGAAACCCGGCGAGGGCGCCGCCACCGACGGCGCUGCGGACAUGGUCCGCAUGUCCAACCUGUACGGCAUCCAGAUCUCCUCCCAGCUGGCCAACAAGGAGGCGGCCGGAGUCCCCAACACCACCGCGGUGUCCCGGGGGACCCCCGAGGACGGACGCUCCACCAGCCGGGGGGGGCGGUCCCACUCCCAGCUGGCCCUUGCCGUCGGACUGGAGGGGAUCCCGUUGGACCGCCAGACCUCGGCGCUACGCAACGUCUGCUCCGUGGCAUCCGGAGACGACUCGGACGUAUCCGGACGCAUCAAGCAUGAGCGGGUGGAGGAGGAGGAGGAGGGAGAGGACGGAGGCGAGGAGGUUCCUGAAGGUGCGGGGUCUCCGUCUCAGGGUAGCAGUCCUAAUCAGAGUCUCCUGUUCAAAGACCGGGUCCUGGUCCUGCUGUGUCCUCGCUGUGGAGAGCGCUGCUCGUCCCCCGAGGACCUGCGGGAGCACCUGUUCAGCCACGCCGCCCUCGACCCCGCUCGGCUGAUGGACGCCGGCGUGGAGGAGGAGGGUCCGGCGGGAGUCCAGGAGCAGCUGGACGCCGGGUGUCUGGAGGAGGCCCUGAGGCAGAGCCAGGCGCUCGCCAACCAGCUGGCUGCAGAGCUAAGGAGGAGCAGAGGGAUCGGCGGUGGCAGUCCAACCCUCGCCGUCCUGCACUCCCGUAAACGUAAGAUCGCCUGCGCCGUCUGCAGCCUGCGGUUCUCCCACAAGUCUCAGCUGCAGGAGCACAUGUACGCCCACACAGGCAAACCGUCCCGCUACCACCGCUACAACCGCCUCUGCAGCCAGCUCUUCCAGGCCUCUGCCCACUUCUGCGACGCCGCCACCGGCGAACCCGGGGGCGGAGCCUCGUCCGCCACCGCACUCUCCGAGGAGGUCAACAGGGAUGCUCAGGACAACGGCAGCUCCUGCUACUCGCUGGACUCGGAGGUCUCACAGGAGAGCGUGGACGGCGUGCCGGUGGAGUGAUGUCAUCAGGUGUGCCGGUGGAGUGAUGUCAUCCGGCGCUUGUUGUCCUCUGAGCUGCUGUCUGCUGGUCUGGUAACCUGUGCGGGUGUGUGUGUGUGUGUGUGUGUGGGAAUCAGUCACGUGAUCCGUUGAUCGACAGGAAAUUAAUCAGCAACUAUUUAUAAAACACGAUUUGAGUUUUUGAGUAAUUAUUUUAAGAAAACAAAUCUUCGGUUUCUUUGUGAAUAUUUAUGUUUUUCUACGAUGACGAACUGAAUCUUUGGACUUUUUUCUUGUUGAUCAGAUGAAUCAAUAAUGACGUCAUCGGUUCAUAGAAUCCUGAUCUUCCACACUCACCAGCGGACAGUGAACACCUCACCGAUGAGUCUCUGACGAUGUGUUCAAAUGUUUCCUGUAAUGUGACGGUGUGUCGUCUUGUCUUUAGACCCAGAAGGACUUUUAUUGUGAAAGGAAGCAGCAGUGCCUUCCUGUGGUGGUGUUGAUGGUUUUGAUGGUUGUUUGUGUCGUUUCCAUCAGUAAAUUAAAGCUUCAUGACAAUCUGAAGAGUAGAAACAAAGUUUACCAG